AUGGCGCCCGCACAACCUGAGCUGAAGAAGGCAAGUCUUGGUCUUUUCCUACCUCGACAAGAGACUAGACAGGUCUUCCUGAACAUUGUCCUCGACGAAGCGGUGGAGGAAAAGGAUGGAGGAGAGAAGGAGAGAAUUGGCAUGGUUGUCAUCCGUGGUAACUCGGUGGUAAUGCUCGAGGCUCUCGAAAGAAUUGGCGGCGAUGACCGACGUGGAGACCGAUAA